UGACAGUUGCGUGACGUUUUUCAAGGUGGCAAAACCAAAACAAAGUUCUGGCCAAAAACUCCUAGAGAAAUCUGCCCGAUCUAGCCAGAAGGAACAAUGGGAUUCUCACUCAAAGUGAAGACAAAGACUGGUCAACACAUCAUGCGGGAUGUGUCGCCCUCGCUGACGCUCUCGCAGCUCAAAUCGCAGAUCGUGGCAUUCACGAAACUCCCUCCGGAGUCCAUGCACAUCCUGGUGGGCUUCCCGCCGCGGAAGCUCAGCAUGGCGGGCUCGGAGGACUCGAUCUCGGCCAGCGGGAUCGUGAACGGCGACACGCUGAUCGUGGAGGAAGUGGCGGUGGAAACGCCAGCACCGGAGAGGCGCGAAGACGCUCUCCUGGCCGCGCAGUCGGCUGCAGUGGCGGAGGACGAGUUCGCGGGGCUGCUGCUGAAGCAGGUGGUGCCGGCGGACAACUCGUGCCUAUUCACGAGCAUCGGAUACGCGCUGAACGGGGCCGUGAACACGGACUGUGGCGUGCUGAUGCGCCAAAUCAUCGCCGAACACGUUGCCGCGGACUCGGAGACGUUCAACGAGGCAUUUCUGGGACGCCCCAAUCGGGAGUACUGCGCCUGGAUCCUCAGAGACGACUCCUGGGGUGGCGCCAUCGAAGUGUCCAUCCUGUCGAGCUUCUACGGCCUGGAAAUCGCUGUUGUUGACAUCACAAAUGCCAUCAUCAACCGCUUCGGCGAGGACAAAAACUACGGGCAGCGUAUUUUCCUCCUCUUCGACGGCAUUCACUAUGAUCCUCUGUACCUAGAAUCCCUUACCGGCGGCGUUCCGCGGACAAUCUUCCCCAUCGAGGCGGAAAGCAUCUAUCAGCAAGCUGAGCAGUUGGCCAAGGAAGCCCAAGCGUCCAAGCAAUUCACCGACGUGAACCGCUUCACGUUGCGCUGCCUGGUGUGCGAUUGCCACCUAGUUGGCCAGGUGGAGGCUCAGGCGCACGCCAAGAGCACCGGGCACGCCAAUUUCGGAGAAGUCUGAAUCCAUGCACCACAAACAGUUGAUAUUUUCUGAGGGACACUGUCAAAUUAAUCAAUUGUGAAAUUCUACGCAGAAAUCAU